GUUCUCACAAGAUAUAAAUUCAUCAAUUCACUCAAUUCACUUUACUCCAAACGUCCGCUUCAACCAGUUAAACAUAUUUCAGAAGGAACUAUAGAUUUUCUUUUUCUAUCAGUCUCUCACAUACGUCCGCCACUUACAAUUCAACAACUAAUAAUCUUUCACUUCACGACAUUUGGAUAAACUACAAAUUACGCACUUUCGGUCGUAUCUCAUUACAACCGCCAUUUUACUUCUACAACAUACAAUUCAAAGGUCUUUGAUCUACAAUCGCAUUUUCGACACAUACCGAAACUUGUUAUACUCGAAAUUUCAUAAUGGCGGAUAUUGAUGAUGAACUUCUCGCUCUUGCCGGAGAUGAUUCUUCGGGAGAUGAGCAGGCCGCUUCAAAUGACGGAGGAAGGCACAGUUCUUCGUCGCCCGAUCGCAAUGGAGCUUUAAAGAGUUCGGCUAAGAAAGGAGGAAAGAAGGGAGAUAGAAGAAAUGAUGAUUCUGAAGAAGAAGGUGAAGCUUCUUCUGGUGACGAAUCAGUUCGUUCAGAACGAUCAGCCCCAAUGGAUGAAUCUGAUUCCGAUUCUGAUGGCCCAGGUUUCCGCGAUGAUGCUGAUCGUUAUCCUCUCGAAGGUCGAUUCAUGAAUGCUUCUGAUAAAGCAACUAUCAUGUCUAUGCCCGAAAUCGAACGUGAACAGGUCUUGGCUGAUCGUGCUCAAGAAAUUGAGAGGGAUCGACAAAACAGAGUACUUCGUCAACUUUUGAAUGGUCGUGAUGCCGCGGACAAAAAGGCAGAGAAAAAGCGCAAGGCGGGCACUGCAGAUUUGGAUGACAACCAGCGCAAGACAUCUCGCCAACGUACCAAGCUUGGUGGUGGAAAAGUCGGAGAAGCUAGUACUGGAAUCGACAGUCUCAAGCGCGCAAGAGCCGAGAAGAAUGAUCGCCAACGUCGCCGCGAAGAAGACAAGGAGCGCCGUGGAGGUGAUAGUCGCAGAGAUAAUCGCGAUGAUUAUUCAGAUGAUGGAUCUGAUGAUGACAGUGAGGUUGAGUGGACAGCAUCAAAGUCAAAGAAGAGAUCUGCAUCUCCAGAUUACCGUGAUGCAGAGCCAGCGGUUCUAUACGAUCUUGAGCGAGUUCGAGUUGGUAGAAGUAGAUUUGCCAUGGUCUGCUUCUAUCCUGGCUUCGAUGAUUCUAUUACUGGAUGUUUCGUUCGGGUAAAUAUUGGUGUUGAUAAGGAGACAAAUCAGAAUCUUUACCGCAUGGGUCUUGUUAAAGGGUUCAAAGAAGAUAGACCAUAUGCUAUGAUGUCUGCUAAUGGAAAGCAAUUCUCAACAACGCAAUAUGUGAUCGCUGCACACGGCAAAUCUGAAAGAUCAUGGCCAUUCAUUGCUUGUUCAGAUUCUCGAUUCACAGAGGCAGAGUGGCAAAGAUACAAGCAAAAUUGCAUCGCAGAUGGCAUACCUGUUCCAACAAAGCCAAAGUUGAUGCAAAAGUGUGCAGAAAUCAAUGCUCUCGUCAACCGACCUUGGACCGAAGAGGAGUUGCAAACAAAGUUGAAGAAGUCAAGUGUAUUGACCGAAAAAUGGAACACAUCAGAACGUGCGCGUCUUAACAAUGCUAUCAAAGAGCAGAAGAGUCUUGGAAAUACUGAACUGGAAGAGAAAUAUCGUUCGGAACUUGAGGCACUUGAAAGUGCCAAACUAGCUUAUGGCACUACACUUAAGCCCACGCAAAAGAAGAAGACGGUCCACUCCCAACAAGAUCGACUUGCUGAACUCAACCGAACCAACCGUCGUAAGAAUAUCGAGGAAGUACGUCAAGCACAAAUUAACGAACGUCGCGCAGCACGACAAGCUGAAGCAGCAAUUGCUCGUGGUGAGAUUGUUGAUGAAGAUCACUCACGUCGUGUCAAGACUAGAGCUACUUUCAAACAUGAUCAUACUGGUGGAAAGGACAGUGCAACAGCUACCCCAGUCAGUGGUACUUCGACCAAUAAUACUCCCAAGUUGGCGGCUAAGAAGGAUGCAUUACCGGUACCAAAUUUCAGUAGGCUGCAGACGACUUCCAAGGGAGGAGUUCCAGGGUUCAGGAGACCUCUUAUGGAUGAUGAUAUUAUUGCUAGCAUUGAUAUUGGGAUUAGUGAUGAUUUGGAGCUGUAAGGGUAUGGCUGUUUAGUAAAUGGGAUGGAGAAGGGUGGGAGGUGAUGAGACAUGGACAUGCAUUCUUUAUCGAAGAGUUGCUAUCAGUAGGCAUAUAAUUGUAUUUACACAUUGGGGGAGAUCGGGAAAUUUCGAAAGGGGAACAUGUUAUGGUAUGAAUAGGUGCACGCGGGUUACUAUGGAAGGGUUUGCAGAGAUUAAAAGCUUGAGGGUCGUUAUCUGUGGGAUUUUUUUCACUAGCAAGCGUGGACUACUUACUGGGUUGGUUAUUUUCGAUUUUGAAGGGAUACAGUCGGUGAUGAAUGAAUGUCAGUUGGAGGUGGGAAGACGAAUACGAAGACGAAGAAAUACGGAGGAUGGGGAAAUCAAUGGAGGGUUAGGAUGGGUAACGAAAGUGGAAGAAGGGGCGUAGACCCAAAAAUCAGAAAAUAAGUAGAGACCUACAACAGACUAGUGAUUCUAGAUCUGAUCAGCAUAAUGAGUAGGCCUAGCGAGUAGCCGUAGCGAGUAGAUGAAUCAAGGGGGUAUUGAAAUUAUAAAUGCUUGUCUGAACUCAGCUAAACAUGUGCA